GUGCCACACCUGAAGGAUCCUUCAAUGGGCAGCUGUUCUCCCUAGAGCUGUGGGAAGACCGUCAGGGAAAGUCUAACCAAAGGUGAUCCUAGUCCAGCUCCAUGGCCCAGUGGGGCCAGCAGAUGGCAGAUGGAGACCAUGAUCUCAACUGCAGGGACCAGAGCCCAGAAGACCAGAAUCCAGAGGAGCAGAUUUUCUAUGAGUUCAUUUUUAGGCUCUUCAAGGAAAAUAAGGUGGAGAUUGCACAUGCAAUAACAAAGCCAUUUCCUUUUCUUAUGGGCCUCCGAGACCGUGGUUUUAUCCCUGAACCGAUGUAUAAUCGUUUUCAAGAAGCUUGUAGAAAUCUGGUCCCCAUGGAGAGAGUGGCAUAUAACAUUCUCAGUGAACUGGAGAAGAAAUUUGACAUGACAAUUCUGAAUGCCUUGUUCAGCACAGUUAACCUGAAGGCUUAUCCUGAUUUACUUGAGAUUUGCAGUAGCUUCCAAAAUGUGCUUCAUCGUGAAUUCCAUUGCCAAGCUAUUGAUGGUGAGGAAACAACAGAGAUGCUCAACUGCCAACAAAGCUGUGAACAAGGUGAAGCCCUACCUGGAGCUAGAAUCUCAGAGCAUCUCAGUGAUGGACAGCAAAUGAGUAUAAAGCAAGAAGAUUCAUCUCAUGACCUAAGUAGAUCAAUACAAACCCAGGAAAUUACAAAUGAAUCCGCCCAAGGAUCUCAACAAGUAGAUGCCAGUGGGAUUUCCAUCCUCUCUGAAGAGAAUUGCAAGGCCUGUUGUGUAACCUGUGAUGGAGAAGAGCCCCAGGAAGCUUUGAGCUCCCCACGGAGACAUGAACCAGUUUCCUGUGAGCACGAAGCUCUCCAAAGGACUAGUGGAGGUGAUUCUGAAGUGAUACCAAAACUGCUUCCAGUCCAUGGGAGAGUGCCCUUGGAACUUGUUUAUCUACAAAUGGAUGAAAUAGGAGAAAUAGAAGCAAUGCCCAAGUUACUGCCUUAUGAUGGAGAUGUGACCUGUGAUCUCAAAGCUUCAGAAAUGACUAAUGAAGGAGAAGUACAGAAGGUGCUCAGCCUACAACCUACUGAGGGAGAAGAGGACAGCAAUGCCUCUUGGGAGCCCUGUGAUGGAGAAGAGCUUGAGGAAGACUUGAGCUCCCCACCCAGAUAUGAGUCAGAAGACAGCAAUGCCUCUUGGGAGCCCUGUGAUGGAGAAGAGCUGGAGGAAGACUUGAGCUCUCCACCCAGAUGUGAGCCAGUAUCUGGUGAACUAGCAACUCCCCAAAUGGAUAGAGAAGGAGAAUCUGAAGAGCUUACCUGUAGCUCACUAUCCUGUGAUGGACAAGGAGCAGAGCUACCAGCAGGUGGAAAUGAGAAGUAUGCCCAUGUUAUGUGCUUCUCAAAUGACAUGCCAGAAGGUCCGGAAGCAAGGACUGAAAGUAGUGAAGCAUGUGACACAAUAGAUAAUGUGGAUCUUGGAAAUAACUCUACUUUGGGAAAACGCAAGAGGAAAAGAAAAAAAAAGAAAGGGCAUUCCUGGACAAGAAUUAAAAGGAAAUGUUCGGGAAAUAUAUAUCGAAAAGUAUCUGGUGAACUAGAAGCUCCCCAAAUGGAUAGAGAAGGAGAAUCUGAAGAACUUACCUCUGGCCCACUACCCUGUGAUGGACAAGGAGCAGAGCUGCCAACACAUGGAAAUGAGAGGUGUUCCUGUGUUAUGUGCUUCAAAAAUUAUGAUUUGGGUCCAGAAUCAGAGCAACCAGCACAUAAAAAUAAUACUGUGGAUCUUAGAAACCACUCUACUUUGGGAAAACGCAAGAGGAGAAGAAAAAAAAAGAAAGGGUAUUCCUGGACAAGAAUGAAAAGGAAAUGGCCAAGAAAUAUAUAUCGAAAAGGGUCAAGAAGGCACAGAGGUGGAAGUGUGGAUUUUUGCUCUGAAAUACUUCCUGUGACCUGUGGUGCAGUGAAAGGGAUGUUACAUAAGAAGAAAUUGAAACAAGGAUCCACCAUGAAGUGCAUACAGAGUGAGGAUGGAAAUUGGUUCACUCCCAGAGAAUUUGAAGUCAAAGGAGGCCGUGCAGGAUGGAAGAACUGGAAGAAUAGCCUGUACUGUGGUGGGAGAACCCUAAAAUGGCUGAUAGAGAAAAGAUUUCUAAGUAAUCCCCCAAGAAUAUACAGAAGGAGAAAAAAGCGGAGAAUCUCGCAGUCUCAUGACAAUACCUUAGUUGACCCAUAUCUAGGAAAUUCAGACAUAUGUGAGAUUUGCCGCUAUGGAGGAAAGCUAUUCUGCUGUGAUACUUGUUCGAGAUCCUUUCAUGAGGACUGUCACCUCCCACCUGUGGACAUUGAGAGGAGCCCGUGGAGUUGCAUCUUCUGCAGGAUGAAGGAGUAUUCAGGAAGUCAGCAGUAUCUCAGGGAAUCUGAGGUCCUGGCGAGGCAGAUGGGGCCUGAGGAGCAGCUGAAAUGUGAGUUCCUCCUCUUGAAAGUCUAUUGCGAUUCAGAGAGCACGUUUUUUUCGAAGAUUCCAUAUUAUUAUUAUAUUAAAGAGACUUCUCAACAUCUAAAGGAACCCAUGUGGUUGGACAAGAUCAAGAAGAGGCUAAAUAAGCUGGAUUACCCCCAAGUAGAAGGGUUUGUGAAGGACAUGCGCCUCAUCUUUCAGAACCACAGGGCAUCUUACAAGUACAAUGACUUUGGCCUAAUGGGACUUAGACUGGAGGCAGAAUUUGAGAAGAAUUUCAAAGAAGUGUUUGCUAUUCAGGAAACAAAUGAGAGCAGUUCACAUGUGUAGUGGAUACUUUUGGGGCCCUGGAAAAUCCCCUCAUCCUGUAAGUGCUAUGAAGGUUGGCUGCCAAUCCAUCUCUCCCCAGAAUAAUAUUACAUUGAGCUCAAUCAUUGCAUGGAGCCAGCAUUGCAUGGAGGUUAUAUUGGUGGAAGUGGAGUUCCUGAAGUGCCAUGAGGAAAAGAAUUUCCUGAGGCCCGCAUGGGAGGAGGGGGUUUCAUGGAAAGCUUUUUUGAUGAUGUAAAAUUAAGGGGGUUUCCCUCCAAGGACCCAUCUUCAUCUGUCUCACUAUGCAAGAAGUCCAAUCUUGCCUUCAGUAUGGCUAGAAUUAAGGCCAGUGCCCAUAAUUUCUGUUUCCUAUUAAAAUACAGGCCAUUCCAGCAUUUGUCUAGCUUAGCUUGUGUUCUCAGCUUCAAUCCAGGGGUCUUCAUGGCCCAUCGCCAUGUGGCUGCUUAAGGCCACAUGGCUAUGGAGAGAAAACAGACAGUUGCACGGGCAAGUGUGGGACAAGGAGCAAGAGAGAACCAGAGUAAAUAAGAGAGAAGGAACUGUCUGGGGAUUUUACCCUUCCAAGAUUUUGUGCACUUACCGUGGCUCCACCCUUCCAGCCA